CAGAUGGGGGUAGGGAUGGGGGAGCGACAGUGCUGGCCCCGCCUUCUUUCCUCCCUUCCUCCCUCACUUAGCUCGGCCUUUCCCCGCUUCCGCGCGCCCGGGAACUACGCCUCCCGGCUGGCUCUGCGUGCCGCCGCGCUGCCCGCCGGGAAGCGCAGUUCCCCCGCCGGCUGCAGUGGGCAGGCGACGCCUUCGUCGGACUGCAUCUCCCGGCGUGCCCCGCGGCGGCGCGCGCGGCCCCGCCCCACCCCGCCUGGCCCCGCCCGCGCCGGGGCCCCUGAGCCGCAGCCGGAGAGUGAGCGAGAGGAGAUCGAGACGAGGGGAGAGAGAGGAGGCCGCGGAGCGAGGAGGAGGUGGAGGCGGCGGAGGAGGAGGAGGAGUGGCGGCGGCGAGCGGGUGACCAUGGAGGACGAGGAGGAGCUGAGGGCAGCCUCGGCAGAGGAGCCCCAUGAUGAGAGGAGAGAGGUCCCCAGCCUGCCUGAAAGAGACCCUGCCCUGGCCCCCAGCCAAGCCCCCUUGCCCUCCGCCAUCAUCCUGCGGGCCUUACAGCAGGCAGUAGGAGGUUCACUCCAGGGGGAGCUGAGCAACGAGAAAGAUGUUCCCAGAGCUCGGGGUCCCCGAAGGAAACGGUGCCGGAGCCCCAGAGCUGAGCUGUGCCUCAGGGGAGCGGGUGGGACGGAUGCUGCUGCUGUGGUGGAUCUUGCCGCUCGGAGCUUUCUGGCCGGGCUCAUGGGCGUUCUCGAGCCCCCGGACUCGUGGAUCCAAGGCAGGCUGGAUCUCCCCGAUGUGGAGGAGGAGCCUGCUGAGAUGCUGGAACUGGUGGCUGAGGUCCAUCUGGGGGAUGGGGCUCCCCUCUCUGUGCCCAUCUCCCACCCGCUGCACAGGAGCUGGGCCUGGCGGGCCAGCAAGUCAGGUUCUCUGCUGCAGCCUGGCUUCCUGGGCCCCAGCAGCGCCUCCUCCCGGCCCCCACUUCUGACCCUGGGCACAGGGGACGGCGGGCCAGCCCCUCCCCCGGCACCCUCCUCCACGUCCUCUUCUCCCUCGUCUUCUCCUCGUUCUUCAUCGUCCUCCCCCCCACCCCCUCCCCCGCCACCCCCAGCGCCUCGCUAUGACAUCUACGAUCCCUUCCACCCUACGGAUGAGGCUUAUUCCCCGCCGCCUGCCCCUGAGCAGAAGUAUGACCCCUUUGAGCCUACGGGCUCCAACCCCAGCUCCUCGGGGGGGACGCCCUCCCCUGGGGAGGAGGAGGAGGAGGAGGAAGAGGAGGAGGAAGAAGAGGAGGAGGAGGAGGAAGAAGAGGAGGAGGAGGACGAGGAAGGCCUUUCGCACAGCAUCAGCCGGAUCUCUGAGACCCUGGCGGGCAUUUAUGAUGAUAACAGCUUGAGCCAGGACUUCCCCAGUGGGGAGAGCCCGGGGCCUGAGCCUCCCCCGCCCCCACCAGGCUCUGGCUCCCCUCCCCAGGCCGACUCGACCCGGGUGGAGGGCGGCCCCCCGCGCCGCCGGGUCUUUGUGGUGGGGGCUGAAGCAGAGGCUUCAAGGGGGGAGGGCAAGCUGUCCCUGGAGGUGGUGACUACCGGGGCCCCCUUUCCUCCAACUGCCCCACCCCUGGACUCCGAGAUCGAGGAAGGGGAGAUCGUGCAGCCAGAGGAAGAGCUGCGCUUUGCCCCUGUGGCCCUCUUCCGAGGAGCUGGGGGCAGAGCACCCCGGCCUGCUCCUGCUUUAGCGACUGCUACUGCCGCCACCCCAGCACCACCCCUGCCCCCUCCACCAGCUCGGGGCCCAGAGGGAGACGACUUUCUGUCGCUGCAUGCAGAGUCUGAUGGGGAGGGGGCCCUGCAGGUGGACCUGGGUGACCCCGUCCCCACCGCACCUCCUGCGACAUCCUCGGAUCCCCGCUGGACCGGCUUGGAUCUCCGGCGAAAGAUUCUGACCCAGCGGCGGGAGCGCUACCGGCAGCGGUCUCCCUCCCCGGCUACCGCCCCCACCGCCCCGCCACAGCCGCCCAGGAAGAAGUCCAAGCGGGAUCACAAGCGGGAGGUCAAGGAGACAGCAGCCCCCCCAGCUCCCCCCAGCCCACCAGCCCCUGCAGCCUGGGACCCCAAGAAGCACCGGUCACGGGACCACAAGCCCAGCUCUCGGUCCUCACGCCGCCGGUCACGCUCCCGCUCCCCGCGGCCACGGUCAUCCUGGUCGCCUGGCUCUGAGAGGAGGCGAGGGGGGCGCCGGUCCAGGUCCCGGGAGAAGCGAAGGCGGCGGCGGCGGCGAUCAUCUGCAUCGCCCCCUCCGGCAUCCUCAUCCUCCAGGCGGGAGCGGCAUCGGGCCAAACACCGCAGUGAGGGCAGCAGCAAGAAGAAGAAGAAGCGGUCUCGGUCCCGGGGCGAGAAGCGGGGUGGGGGGGACCCCGAAAAGGUCUCAGUGGCUGGGACAGAGAGGGAGGGCCGGCGGCGGGGAGCUGUGCCCCCGUCCAUUCAGGACCUCACGGACCACGACCUCUUUUCCAUCAAGCGGACCAUCACAGUGGGGAGGGCCGAGAAGCCUGCAUCCCGCUCAGCCUCUGUGGCUGGGGGUGGCCCUGCCCCAACCUCCCCUCCACCCAAGCGGGAGGUCCUCUAUGACUCGGAAGGGCUGAGCUGUGAGGAACGGGGGGGUGGGAAGGGGUCCAGCGAGAAAGAGCGUAAGCGGUCAGCAGCCCUGGCCCCCCGAGAGAAGGGCAGGAAGAAGGUGGCCUCCUCAGAGGGGACGGAGCGUGAGAGGGACAAAGGGUCCAAGAAGGCCCGACCAUCCUCGGGCAAAGAAGCUGCCCCUAAGACUGCCAGUGGGAGCAGUGGGCGAAAGGUCAAGCUCCAGUCCAAGGUGGCCGUGCUGAUCCGAGAGGGAGUCAGCAGCACAACCUCUGCCAAGGAGGUGGCCACAGCCACUGCCCCCAGCUCCAUUGGGGUCAAGUUCAGCCGUGACCGGGAGAGCCGUUCUCCCUUCCUGAAGGCCGAUGAGAAGGCUGCAGGCGAGCCUGGGAAAGGGGUGGCCCCAGGAGGCCCCAAGCUCAAGAAAGCCAAAAUCAAGGCCAAGGCUGGCCUCAAAAAGGUUAAGGGGUCAAAAGUGAAAACGAAAGGCACCAAGACCAAGAAGAAGAAGGCUGGCGGAAGCAGCACUGGGGCGACCCUGAAGAAGUCCAAGGCCGACAGCUGUAGCCAGGCUGGCCCCAAGGGAGCUGAGGAGACCUCCUGGUCAGGGGAGGAACGGGCUCCGGGCAAGCCCCCUAGCCCCCCUACUCCAAAGGCAGCCCCGCCACCCCCAGCCCUUACGCCCGACUCACAGACUGUGGACAGCAGCUGCAAGACGCCUGAUGUGUCCUUCUUGCCUGAGGAGCCAGCCAGGGCAGGAGGCCGGGGUCGAGGCCGGGGGGACCAGGAAGAUGGGGAUGACGAAGAGGAGGAGGAGGAGGAGGAGGAGGAGGAGCAACCUGGCACCACCACGGCCUCUGGGGGAGGAGGAGGAGGAGCAGUAGUAGGGGGAGGCAGUAUUGGCACUACUGAGACCGCACCUGAGGAGGGGCCCCCAGCCCGGGCCCCUCAGCCCCCUGCCCCUCCUCCCCCCAUGCCUUGGAAUUUGCCAGCUGGGGUGGAUUGUGCCACCAGUGGCGUGUUGGCUUUGACUGCCCUGCUCUUCAAAAUGGAGGAGGCCAAUUUGGCCAGCCGGGCCAAGGCCCAAGAGUUGAUCCAGGCCACCAAUCAGAUCCUUGGCCAUGCAAAGCCACCCUCGGCCUUGGGGGGGGCUCAGGCCCCAGGUGGGACUGUGCUGGGGCUUCCCCCUGGGCCCUCAGGCUACCUGCUUCACAGUGGGGGCAGUAUGGGGCUGCCUCUGGGUGGCUGUAGCUCUUCUCCCCCCUCACCUGGGGGUCUGGCUGGGGGUCCUGACCGUAGGGAAGGCAGUAGCAGCUCUGAUGGGCGAAUGGACACCGACAAAUACCUGAAAAAGCUGCACACACAAGAGCGGGCAGUGGAGGAGGUGAAGCUGGCCAUCAAGCCCUACUACCAGAAGAAGGACAUCACCAAGGAAGAGUACAAGGACAUCCUUCGGAAGGCCGUGCACAAGAUCUGCCACAGCAAGAGUGGAGAAAUCAACCCCGUGAAGGUGAGCAAUCUGGUCCGGGCCUACGUGCAGCGCUACCGAUACUUCCGCAAGCAUGGCCGCAAGCCCGGGGAGCCGUCGGGACCCUCCCGGCCAUCCAAGGAACCGGCACCUCCUGACAAGUGUGGCCCGGUCCUGCCCGUGCCCCCGCUCUGAGCCCCCUCCCCGCCAUAUUUAUGUCUCUCCUUCCUUAUUUCCUUCCCUCAUGGCCACAGCCGAGUGGGAUUGGGGGUGAUAGGGGAGGGGAGCUGCCCAGCCCCCCUCCCCCCAGGCCCACUUCUUUCUCCCUCCCCCUGCCCUUUUCUCCCUGGCCCUAGUUAAGGAUUUCAUGAAAUGUUACACCCUCCA